AUAUCAAAGAUGGCCAACACUGGCCCGGCUAAGACAAAAAGGGCUCAGAGAGAAAUUUGCGUGAAAGAAGAGUUUAAGAUCGCAGUGAAAAUUGCCCUCGAUAGAUUUCGAUUUGAAGAGAAACAAAAAGUUCUAGAAUUUCCUUCAUCAUUUACAUCUGUGGAAAGAGCCUACAUACACAGAUUAUGUCAGAACUUAGGAUUAAAAUCAAAAAGCAAAGGGAAUGGAAGUAAUAGAUUUCUAACAGUCUCUAAGAAAACUGUUAGUGCUGGAACCUGUAGCACUGUUUUGAAUCUCACCAGCAAUGCUACACACCAUAUUGAGCAUUUACUGAAGAAAUUUCCUUUAAACAUCAAAGAAAGGCAAGAGCUCCAGCCCAAGACAGAAAGGUCGACAGUUACCUUUGAUACAGGACGUGGUGGAAGAGAAAGCAGAGUUGUUGGCAGACUUAACAACAACACUCCUGCAGUCCCACCAGUUGUGAAAGAGAAUGAUUUCUUUUCAUUCCGCAAGUCUUUACCAAUUUAUGAGCUGAGGGAACAGAUCAUGAAGCUUAUUUCUGAGAACCAGGUUGUUCUUAUAUCUGGUGAAACAGGUUCAGGAAAAACAACUCAGGUUCCGCAAUUUGUACUGGAGGAGGCUUAUGCUAACUCAACUCCUUGCCGAGUGGUUUGCACUCAACCUCGACGCAUAUCAGCUUUAUCAGUGAGUGAAAGAGUUGCUACUGAAAGAGGAGAAAGACUUGGACAGACUGUUGGUUACCAAAUUAGGCUGGAUAAUAGAAUAUCUCCAAAAACAUUGUUAACAUACUGUACAACUGGAGUGCUGUUACGGACUUUGAUGUCUGGAGAUAAUUCACUUUCAUUUAUCACUCAUGUUAUAGUGGAUGAGGUUCACGAGCGAGAUAGAUUUUCAGACUUCCUACUAAUAGCCUUGAGGGACCUUUUAACAGUUAACAGGAGACUGAAGUUAAUUUUAAUGAGUGCUGCUUUAGAUAUCAACUUGUUUAUUGACUACUUUGGAAAGUGUCCAGUUAUUCAUGUACCUGGUAGGUGCUUUGAUGUACAAGCAUAUUUCUUGGAAGAUGUUCUUAAAAUGACAUCAUACUGUAACAAGGAAAUGGUAAAACAUAUGAAACACAACCAAACCAAAAAUGGUGCAGGAGAAAAGGAUGACAACAUUUCCCUUCCUACUGAGCAGGAAGUUUCAAAUGCAGCAAAUGAUGAGGAAGUUGAAAGUUCUCACAAAGAUAAUGAGACUGGAAGUGAGAAUAAUGUCAACACAGAAGAGACAGGUCCUCCUAGUGCUGACGUACAAGCAGAAGGGAUGUUUGAUGUAGAACUACAGGCAUCAGAAGAUGCAGAACUUGAAGAUGAUCCUGUUCGAAAACUAGAUGAAGAUUCUCAAGACAAAGACUAUCUUCCUGAAUUCCAGCUUGAUGAAGAACUGGGUGAUGGAGACAUGGAUGAGGACAUCUUACUGGAAGGACAAGAGGAAGGUGAAAAUGAUGCAAAUGAUGAUGAAGAUGUUGAGGAGGGAGAUGAUGUAGAUAUUGAGGAGAUCGAGGAUAAAGUUGAUGAUAGAGACAUUAAAGAGCUGGAUGAAGCUGUGGAAGGAAUCAAACUUCAGGAAGAUAAUGGUGAUAAUGCUUUGCAAGGCCUGGCAAAUGAUGACAAUGAUAAGCAGGAUGAGGAGAGUGACAGCGAGGAACAAUAUUUACGGCAAGAAAUGGAUAACAGCAUUUCAGAGGCAUGGCUAAACGGUGAUGAGGACUCAUUUGUCCAGAUUCUUUACUUGAUCAUGCAUGAAAACAUUAGUGUUGACCAUCAACACUCAGACACACAGGCCACUGCCCUGAUGGUUGCAUCAGGACGAGGUUGUGCUGGUGUUGUUGAACAGUUGCUGAGUUUAGGAGCCAAUCCUCACAUUAAGGAGCCCAAGAAUGGAUGGACUGCUAUAGAUUGGGCCAAGAAAUGGGAACACAGUGAUGUUGUCCAAAUUCUCGAAUCGUGUUUGUCAUCACCCAAAGUUCCAUAUGUGGAUGAAACAGCUUUAGAAAGGGAAUCUAAUGAAUUAAGUGAAGAAAGCAAAGAACUGCUUGCUAUUUACCACAAGACAUUUGAUGAUGAUCGGGUUGAUCUUGACUUAAUCACCAGUCUACUGACAUAUAUUUGUAACACUCAGCAAGAAGGUUCUAUAUUGGUAUUCCUUCCUGGUUAUGAUGAAAUUAUCACUCUCCGUGACAAUUUAACAGCUGACAAGGAAUUUGGAAAUACUAGAAGGUAUCAGAUUUUUACCCUACAUUCUUCCAUGCAAGCUACAGAGCAAAGAAAGGUUUUCAGAAAACUACACCAAUCAAUCAGAAAAAUUAUCCUUUCAACAAAUAUAGCAGAGACUAGUGUCACUAUUGAUGAUGUUGUGUUUGUGAUUGACAGUGGAAAGGUGAAAGAGAAAGCCUUUGAUGCACUGACGUCAGUGUCUUCACUUCAAUCUGUAUGGGUGUCCAAAGCAAGCGCAAUUCAGAGGAAGGGAAGGGCUGGGAGAUGUUCCCCUGGCGUUUGUUACCACUUAUUCAGCCGAGUUCGACAUGAUAGCUUCUUGGAAUACCAGAUCCCCGAAUUAUUACGAAUUCCUCUGCAGGAAUUAUGUCUUCACACAAAACUUUUAGCAUCACCAAACACGUCAAUAAGUGAUUUCUUGUCCAAAGCUCCCGAGGCUCCUCCGCUUUUGAUUCUUCGAAAUGCUGUUGCCCUUCUUAAGACUAUAGACGCUUUGGACCAAUGGGAAGACCUGACUGACCUUGGUCGUCAUCUUGCCGACUUACCCCUUAGUCCACAGCUGGGGAAGAUGAUCCUAUAUUCAGUUGUACUGAAGUGUGUAGAUCCAGUGGUGACCAUCGCUUGUGCUCUGGCCUACAGGGAUCCUUUUAUCCUUCCAAUGUACGCGGCCGAGAAGCGAGCUGCAGCUGCCGCUAGAAAAAGAUUCAUCUUGGAUCCUUUCAGCGAUCACCUGGUGUUCGUGCAAGUGUUCAGAGGCUGGCAACGUGCACGAUCUGAAGGUUACGACAGGAACUUCUGUCGGAGGAACUACUUGUCUCAAGCUACCUUAGAAAUGAUGGCCGGUAUGAGAGCACAAAUUCUUGGACAAUUGAAAUUUGCCGGUUUCAUUCGCCCCCGCGGAGCAGGAGACAUCAGGGACUUGAAUUCCAACUCAAACAACUGGGCUGUUGUCAAGGCGGCUCUCUGUGCUGGAACAUUUCCACAGGUGGCUCGUGUGGAUAGAAGUGCGAAAAAACUUACAACACAGAAAGAGAGUAAGGUUCGGUUCCACAAUUCCUCCAUAUUGUACCAGUCUCCAACACAAGGAGACUCCAUGUCCGCUGCUCAAACAAAGGCCAUCAACAGACUUCCCUCCGAUUGGCUUAUUUACGAGGAAAUGUCGAGGUUGUACACAACAGUGACAGUUAAAUGCUGUACACUGCUGUCCCCUGUAACAAUAGCACUCUUCACUGGACCAAGCCUGUCUUCCGAGCGUGUUACCCAGGACCCCUCUGCUACUCGUGACAGUGAGAGGUACCUUGGAGAUGGACUAGGACGAGAGAGUGAAAGCAGUGAUAGCGAAACAGAUGAAACAUCAGGAAAGAAAGAAAAGAAUGGUGCUCUGUUUAACGUGGAUGAGUGGAUCGCGCUGUCUGCGAGUCAAGAGGUUGUUAACCACGUGUCAUAUCUGCAUCACAAGUUACAAGCUUUGUUUGUUCGAAGAAUUCGUUCUCCUUCCAGACCGUGGUCACAAGUGGACGAGAUGGUUGUCCGUGCCGUAGCAGCAGUUUUGACAGCUGAAGAACAAGCCAUGAAUCCAACACCGCAUCCUCGUCAAAGACGAACACGACCAGGAUUUGAAAGUGGACCCGACUCGAGAUCUCCAAGGUCUCGCUCGGGUGAGCAGUUCUCUCCAUCCAGAGAUCGUACACGAGAAUUCUCUGGAUCAAGUUCACAAGUGAAAAGUGAAAUACAGUCAUCCUCUCUGAAUGGGAACAAAGUUUCUGGUGAUGGUUGGUCCCCAAGGUCUCCUCAACAGCUUGAGAAAUUGAGUGAAGCUCGGUACUUUAUCAUGAAAUGCAACAAUCAGAGAAAUUUGGAUAUAUCGAUGGCCAAGGGCAUUUGGGCAACAACACUAGCCAAUGAAAAAAAGCUGAACAAAGCCUUCAAGGAAUCUAAGCAUGUUAUGCUGGUCUUCUCAGUGCAAGGAAGUGGACACUUUCAAGGCUAUGCACAGAUGACGUCACCCAUUGGCAAAGACAAGUCUCCGGAGUUUGGUUCAAGUUCACUAAGCGGUGUUUUUAGUGUCGAAUGGAUAAAAAAAGCCAGUAUUCCAUUCCAACAAGCUCACCACCUAGUUAACCCUUGGAAUGAUCACAAGAAGGUUCAGAUUAGUCGCGAUGGACAGGAGCUGGAACCUAAAAUUGGCGAAGAACUCUGCAAACUAUGGGACGCUGACCAAGCUGGUGGGACUGGACGAACUCCACGAUCGACAAACAACACGAGUAGACGUGGCAAGCCCUCUGGACCCGCCCAAGCCGAUCCCCACCCCACCACUGGUCAGUGGCAAGGUGCACAGUACACUGCAAUGCAACAGGUGUACGCUACCCACACCCCCUCCAUGCCAAUACCUGUUCCCAUUCCUUCAGCGCACUCCCGACACACCAUCGCUGCACCGUAUCCUCGUCCCCAAGUGAUGGCAGCCCAGCCUAUGGCUGUCCACCCACAUCCCGCCGUCCCCUUCGGUGCUCAUGCAAUGGCACUGCAGUCUCAGUUCCGUCCGGCGGCGGCUUCAAGGUUCCCCGGGGCAGUUGUUCAGGCACCCCACAUAAGGAAUAUGGGUGCACCACCACGUGCAUCAAGAGGCUCGUAUCAUUCUCCAAGGAAGUAAUCAUUAUCAUCAUCAUCAUGAUCGCUUGUUGCGCCAGUAGGCGCAUAAGGUAGUCACAUUGUCCACCCAAUCCCCCUGUCGCGUGCCGCCGCCUUGGCCACAUUCCAGCUCUUCUACCCGGCCUUGCCUCCCUCUCCUUCAACAGUCCUUCUCCAAGUGGUUUUUGGUCUCCCUCUCGCCCUUCGACCUUCUGGUGUCCACCCCAAUGCCGUAAAACAGUCGUUCACACCCUCUCUCCUGAGUACGUGUCCUAACCAGUUCCAAGUUCUUUUUCGCACCUUGCAGCCCAUUUUAUUGAUCUCUCUACCAUUUCAACUACUCUCUUGUUUGUCAUUAUUUGCUGCCAUCUAAUCUUUUUCCCUACUCCAUCAAGGGAGUGAUAGAGAAGGGAAAACUCCAUCCUGAUGCUCGGAUGGUGAUGAUGUUGUUGUAACAUGAGCUCUUAAGACUUCAUACCUCAAAUAAUCGAGUCACUGAGAGAGAAAAUAAGCCGUUUACCCUCUGGACAAAACUGCUGAAUCUUUACUGGAGAUAUUCCAGACUGAUUUCUCACCCUGAAAACUCAGUCAUUUCCUAUUUUAGAGUAAUAGUACCGAUAUGGAAACUAAGGAAACGCCUAUUCCAAUCUUCGCUUGUUAUCUUUUGCUUAACUUGUGUAAAGAGUUUAGCGAGCAAACUAUUCCCUCCGUGAGGGAGAAAUGAAACAUGCUGUAGGACCUUUUUCAAUUGGGCUUGCUGAAUUUAAUGCUUUUGGGUGAUGUUUCUUCAUUUUGUCUUUUUUGUUAUCCAAGUAAGCUUUUGCUCUUACCGCAUUUCUGGAUUGUUGUACAGGGGAGGCUUGUGAAUGAACAAUUACUUGGAAAUGAUAGGUGUACGCAUCUAGGCCAAACUUUGUACCUCUAAAAGUGAUUUUCGGAACCAUGGUAAAAAGAGAUCAUAAAGUGCUGGGGUAUUCAGUCUCUAGGGUAGCUUUUAGAAGGAUGGAAACGAAAUUGACUUUUUUUUUCCAUUCACAUUUAUUGAGCAACAGUAAUGUAUUGUACAGAAAGCCUGAAAUAGACUUGCAAAUUAUCAGUAGUUAUUUUCUUUCUUAGUAUCAACUUAUGGAAUAAAAUUGAAGUAGAGUACACUUUAUUAAGAAUUAAUUUCUUACUAAAGACAUAGCUAGGGACUGAUAUCCCUGGAAUGCGCAUGACCUACUCCAUUCAUAAAUUUAAAAAAUCAAACGAUAUCGAUGACCAACUCGUGGAUAAA